CGACAAUGAUAGCUGCGGAGGCAGUGGCAGGUGGAGUUGCUCAGUUACCGUGCGACGUGGAACCGCCGGUCUCUGGAGACAAGCUACAACUAGUUAUUUGGUACAAGGGGGACGCAGACACGCCGAUAUACAGUAUCGACUCGAGAGGACAAACCACCGUGGAGCAGGGAAAACACUGGCAGACUGUCAACCUCGAUCAACGUGCCUCCUUCAAGUACAGCGGCCAUACGGCGAAACUCACCCUCGAACAUGUCCGUGAGACCGACGCCGCUGUUUACAGAUGCAGGGUCGAUUUCAAGCAAUCGCCAACCAGGAACAGCAAAGUCAAUCUCACAGUGAUCAUACCGCCGGAGCAGCUUAGCAUAUUGGACGAGGGCGGAAGGUCGCACAUUACCUACUGGGUUCUGGGCCCGUACAACGAGGGAGCAUCCCUUAACAUCACCUGCGUUGCCGCUGGAGGUCGGCCGCAACCGCGGGUCACGUGGUGGCAGGAGAAUGCACUCCUGGACGACACCUACGAAUCUGUCGGCGCGAAAAAGGUGCGGAAUGUCUUGCGAUUGGAGAAGCUUGGACGGGAAAACUUGAAUUCGAUACUCACCUGUCAGGCGUCCAACAACAACAUGGUGGCACCUAUCUCCAGCUCCGUCACUCUCAACAUGACUCUGAAGCCAUUGUGGGUCCGCAUGCAAGGAGAGAACCGUCCAUUUAGCGCUGGCACCACGUACGAAAUAGGUUGCGAAGUUGUUGGGGCCAGACCGACGCCAAAAAUUAUCUGGUCGAAGGGAAGCACCACGCUGAGAAACACACGGCAGACGAUGAGCCCCGACAGCAACGUCACCACCAGUAUUCUCACCUUCGUGCCGAGUAUAGAGGACGCCGGGAAGUUCCUCUCCUGCCACGGCAGCGUGCCGGAUAUCCCGGAUUCCGAGAUGGAGGACGGAUGGAAGCUCGACAUACACCAUGAGCCGGUGGUUACGCUGGAGCUCGGCAGCAAUUUGAACCUGAGCGCGAUCCGCGAGGGUAUCGACGUCUACUUCGAGUGCAACAUCAGGUCCAAUCCGUGGGUCUACAAAGUCUCCUGGCGGCACAAUGGAAAUCCAUUAUAUCAUAAUCCAGCGACCGGCACGAUAAUCAGCAACCAAAGCCUGGUGUUGCAAAGCGUGAAUCGCAGCCGAGCCGGUAUCUACACUUGCAUUGGCAGCAAUCAGGAAGGCGACGGAGAGAGCAAUCCCCUGAAUCUCGACAUCAAAUUCAGCCCGGUCUGUCACCAAGGACAAAUGAAGGUGUUCGGCGUGGCCCGACAGGAGACCGCGCGGAUACCAUGCGAGCUUGUAGCAAAUCCACCGGAAGUGUUGUUCACCUGGAGGUUUAAUAACACAAUGGAGGCGGUGGAUAUACCCCAGGCACAUGUCACCAGCGAACGGACACGUUCCACAGCGUCUUACACGCCGAUGACGGAAUUAGACUACGGAACUCUACUUUGCUGGGGCACGAACGACCAGGGCGUCCAACUUGAACCUUGCGUUUACCACAUCGUCCCAGCUGGUCACCCGGACACGCCGUACAAUUGCUCUCUUCAGAAUCAAACGACGGACUCGGUGUACGUGGAGUGCACGGCGGGUUUCGACGGCGGUCUGCCGCAGAAUUUCACGAUCCAGGUGGACCGUGAACCCGGGACCGGGAGCGGCGGGCCUGCAAAGCCCGGCAGGACCGUGUACAAUCAGACGAGCAAAGUUCCGACAUUCUCGGUCGGGAACCUCGAGCCCGGGACCAGCUACGACGUCUACGUGUACGCGAGCAACAGCAAGGGGCGCAGCGAGACGGUCCGCUUCCGCACCACCACCCUGAAUCUGCCCGAAAGACGCACAGCAGGUGAGAGGCUGGCGCAACCUCCGCCCCCGGAGAAUUGCACGAUCAGGGAAGAGAGUCGGACAACGGUCAGGGUGAGCUGCGCCGAGAGCGAGUACAUCGACCCGCGCACCGCCACCUAUGUGCUGCAGGUCUUCGACGCCGACACCAGGCGCCUGCUGGCGUCCACCACCAGCAUGACGCCUAGCAUGCUCGAGAUCACCGAUCUGCCCGCGGAGAGGAGUUACUCGGGCCUGGUGCUAUCCCUGAGGAUCAUGACCGAGCACGCGAUGAGCGACGCCACCGUUCUUCACAGCCCGCACUUUGUUCAGGAGGGUAAGACACCGGAGCAUCAACGAUACCCAGCGCUGACACCGGUGAUGCUGUCGUUGUCCGGGCCGCUGCUCGGCGCGGUCGUCGGCGCGACGGCUGGCCUGCUCUUGGUGAUCUUCGUGAUAGUGCUCGCGGUGAGAUUACGCUAUCGACCAAGGCCGCAGGAGGACAAGGACUCUCACGACGACGGCGGCAUGGCGAACCUGGCCGCGUCCGGCACCGGCAGCUCCUCUCCACGUGAUAAAUCGUCGACCUUGCCUCUCAACUCCGACAGCAUCGAGAGCUUCGAGAAGGACCCCGAUAUAAUUCCUCACGCUAAUGAAAAUUCUUACGCGGAACUGUGCAAGGGCACUUCUCCCCGGUACGUUCUGCACCAGCCACGAACAGACGCGAGCACUUUCGCCAAUGUCAAUAACGGAUCAGAGCUGACGUACGCCGAGCUGUCGCUUCGGGGCACCCGACGAAUACCGCCUAAUUGUUAUCAGCCGGUACAGGUGUCCAAUAUUCAGCGACCUCAACUGCUACCCAUGUCGACCCUGACGCGCAGGCAGCCAAUCCAGGAACCGACGAUUUACGCGCAAGUCGCCAGUCAUUCCAAGCCGAUUUAUGUGCCACCCCCGCAUCCGUACAUGAGUCGCGCCAGCGACGAGACCACGGCAGAAACUCCAUUAAUCGGACACGACAAUAAGAUCAACACGAUCAGCCAGUCGGGCAGCUCGUUAUGGCGCACCGACACGCCGCCGUCAUCCAACACGCCGACCACAUGAUUCUAAGCAGGCUCGAUCUCGAUCGACGCAACAAUAUCGCCCUUAAACGUUUCUCGACGCACCCGUUACUAAGAAAAUUAACAAGCUCCUGGAUUCAAGGGAAGGGAACUGACGCUAAAAACGCAGACACAAGCAUCUAGAGAACUAUCUAACUGCACGGACGACGUUCCCCGUUGUCUCGUUCGCGAGGAACGUCGCGCGGGAUCGUUAUAAUUCUCGUACAGAAGAGAGAGAGAGAGAGAGAGAGAGAGAGAGAGAGAGAGAGAGAAGGAGGGAGAGAGGGAGAGAAAGGUUGACGAGGACGGCGAACGAUGAAAGUAAUUUAACAAAAUGAAACAGAAAACAGAUGAAUAUGUUUCUCGCGCGAAUUAUAGUAUGAGAUAUAUAAUAUAUGCUUUCCGGAGGAUUCGUGAUAGAAGUUGUUAUCGUGAUGUCGAUGAUUAGGGGAACGGAGAAAAAGAGAGAGAGAGAGAGAGAGAGAGAGAGAGAGAGAGAGGAAAGGAAGGAGGGAGUCCGUUCGGCCGCGUCGAUGAGAAUCGCGAUUUCGGAUAGAGUGAUUCUGUUCUGACAGGUGAAACGACCGACGGCGAAGCGAUCGGCGGUAAUGGCUCUAACACUAUGAAACGAACAACGUCAAAUUAUAGCGGGCCCUAUUCAGCCGUCCGUAAAGAAUGCUGGAGAACGAUGGCAGGAUGAUAUACGAGAGAUCUCGAGGGACUAGAGUUUCCUUUCUGCGGCGAUUCCUCGAAUCGAAUGCGACGAUCGCCGAUCUCGCUUGAUUGCACAACUCGAAUUCAAUUCUAUUCAUUUAGAAUCCCGAUUUAUAACUAGAUCGCGGAUCUUUAUGCGAAAUAGAAAUUUUAUACAAGACGAUUCUAGGAAACAGAAAUUUAAAAAAUGUAUUUAAUAAUUCUUAUGAGUUGACAAUGGUGUAACUGUAUUAUUCAAUUCUUUUGAUGUGUCUUCACAAUUUUAUAUUUCAGCUACUCAUUUUCGCCAUAAACGCAUAAAAUCCGCAGUCUGUUUAUAACCAAACCCCCCGUCACUCUGACACGUUGCUGUGUUAGAAACUUGUCUCUCAAUUAACUCGGUUAACAGUCGAGUCAAUCUUCUUUGUUCUAUAAUUUCAUGUGGUCUCUUGUGAAUAAUUUUUAAUUAUGUUCGAAAAUGUUUGACGAUACUUAAUUCACUGUUCGCCAAAUUGCUUUCGAUUAAUUCAUCAAAAAUAAUUUCGUUCUUCGGUAAUUUCCACAGGUCUCUCGCGAAUAUAGAGUUUUUAAUUUCGUUCAAAAACGUUUGACGAUAUUUAAUGUAUUGUUCGCCAUUUGCUCUUGAUGAACACAUCAAAAUUACUCUUCCUUUAUAUUUGAUUGUUUUGUAAGUCCCUGGUACGUAAAGAAUUUUUCAUUUUAUUCGCAAAUAUUCGACAGCAGAGAUAAUCUAUUGCUCGUAAUGUGCCAUGCGUUAAUUAAGCAAUGUAAAUCUUCUCUUAUAUUUACCUAUUUUUUAAGUUCUUGCGGUACAUCAGGAAUUUGUAACUUUGUCUGAAAUUGUUCGGCAGCACUUAAUCUACCGUUCGCCACCCGUUCUUAAUCGAAUCCGUCAAAGUUAAUCUUAUAUUUGACCGUCCCCUAAGUUCCUGUGAUACAUAAAGUGUUCGAAAUUUUGUUCGAAAAUGAUCGGAAGCGUUCAAUCUAUCGAUCGUAGCAUGCUCUGCGUUAAUUCGCCAAUGUUAAUCUUCUUUCAUGUUUGCCUGUCUCGGUAAGUUCUCGUGUUACGUAAAGAAUUUUCAAUUUUGCCCGGAAUUAUUCGGCAACACUAGAGACCAUUGUUCGCGACUUUUUUUCGACUCGAAUUAAUUUUGCACGGUGGAUGGAAAUACCUCCCGGGGCAUUUCGACGAGAAAGAAAAAGGAAAGUCGGCAAUCCGUCGAGGCACAGUCUAGCGCGAGCAGGGGCGCAGCUGGAGGAACCUCUCAUUUAGGAUCUUGAAGAAUUUUUAUUAAGUUUACUGUCUGGGAUGGUGCAUUAUCAGAGAUACUCGCUUUUAUUCGCCCGGAACGCUAUUGUUAUUAACAGGAAGCUUUGAUGUUAUUAACCGGAGAUGAAGAACUCCCGGAACAAUUCUGACACCCACAGGAAUUCUACGUAACACCCUACUGACAGAUACAAUACCCUGCUAACACCCUCAACAAUUCUUCUAUUGUCUUGCGAUUUAUAAUACAGGAUUGUAUCAUACAGGACCUUCUCUAUUCUAAUUUGCCUUCGAGGGUGACCGAAAGUUUUUUUAGUGUUGAAGAAGACUUCUCUUCCAAAUAAGAAACAAUGAAAUUUAAAAGAAAAUUGUCAACUUCAAUUCGUGGUUCAGAAAGUUUCAGAAAAUAUUUAAAAGUUCAAAAAGUCGGUAAUUAUACGUUCAAAUGUCCGAAAGAUAAGCUAUGAAAAGCUGAUCUCACAUAAAGAUCCAAUCUAGGCGUUACUCUAAUUCACUCCAGUGUUUUUUCCAUCGGACCAUGCUACGUUUAAUUUUCGAUUUUCUGACCCGACGUAUUUAAUUCGGCAGGUAAAUCUUCCCACGGUCGGAACUAAACGAAUGACGAAAGUGCAAUCGAGUCGAGACGCGAUCUAUUUCGAUGUCGAAGUAUCGCGGAUUGUAAUAAUAGUGCAGGAGACGAGGGAUAGUUCUACGAUGGUGAUGACGAUAGGUAUAUAUUGUAUGUAUAAUAAGCGCGCGUCGUAAAGUGUGGACAGACACAGACACGUCCCGUGUUGUUUCUCUGCAGCUGAAUUAUUUAUUGUUGGAUGUAGGCGACGCGAAAAAAUUUUUCCGUGUACAGUACGGGUCUAGAUAAAUGCGGUGUUAUUAUAACGAUGUUACGUAACCGUGGAUAGAGUUUUAAAGAUGAUGAUGAUGAACAAAAGAGGAAGGAAAAAAAAAUGAAAAAAGAAGAUAAGAUUUUUUAACGAUUUUCGAAGUGAUAUAUAAAUAUAUUAUAUAAAUAUAUAUAUAUACACACACAUAUACGCGUCUGUUGGUUAUCUUAGACUCAUUCUGUAUGUAUGUUGCUCAUUUUCGAAGCUUUAACCGCCCUGCGGGGGGAACACGGUUCGUUUAGUUUUCGUUCUUGAAUCGUCUAGUUACCCGCUGUUUGCGCGAAACGAAUCUUUAUUUAGCCCUUAGGUCGUUUAAGUUAAGAGGUGUUAUGCGAGAAUAAGGUGAUCGUAUCAAUUAGAAUCGGCGGAAAGGCGUCGCAAAGCGAACCAGAUAUUCCAUCGAGCAGCGCACGAGACACUUUUCCACGUUUUUCUCCACGUUAUACGAUUAGGAUUACGUUAGGAUCUCUUCUAUAGAAGUUCCACCGCAGCCAAAGUAUCAUUUUUCUCCGCUUACAAGUUUACGUCGUGAAUGAGAACGUUGUCGGCAUGAAUUUUUUUUACGAUAGCGCAGUUUUUACGCGAGGAUUAUAACUAAUAGUUUUAGGAGAGUUUCGCGAGCGUAUUUGUCGAGUUAGGAGAGACCGUUGCACAGAAAUUGUUUUUUCGCGUACCAUUGAAAAGUGUGCGUCAAGAGAGAAUUAUUAAAAACGAUUGUAGGAAUUGUUCUCUUUGUAUAUGUCGACGGCGUAAACGGUUUCGAUCGGGCGACCAAGGAUAUCUUUCCUAACUCAUCGCACUAUACAUUAAUUUUCCACGUAGCUUUGGUUACGAUUUAUAAUGCUCCGUUAAUUUCGUAUAAGUGGAUUCCCGACGAUUUAUUUUAUAGGAUUCCGUUUGUACUUUAUAUUUAUUAUCGUAACUGCGCAAGGUUUAUCCAGUGGUUUAAAAAUUUACAUUAAAACAUCCGCGCGAGACGUUGACGCGCUUUUCCUGAUCGAUAAUCCAUAAACUUGUUUUCCAAGAUUUACAGGUAUAGUUUUCAGGAUUUACACGAACACGCGGAACACUUUUGAUACUUCUUCGAGAUCGCAGAAGUGAAGCUUCUGCGAUGUUGAAGCGCGCGUUUCUCGAGUUCGCGAAGCGUUUGAAAAGAUCGUGAACGAAAUCGCCGAUAAGCUUACAGAGGAUUAGCAACUUUAAUGUAAAUUCGACGACUCUUGGAGCGAACCAUGCGUUUAUUGUAUCAUAAGCUAAGGCGACAUGAUUUAUAGUACUUGUUGGGCGCGCGAGAUAUGAUCACCCUACGUUAUUAACGAGUUACCAAGGUUGCGCAACCGUAAAGCAAAACGCCACGGAGUGUGGCAAGAAACAUCCAACGUUCUCGGCUCGCUUCGUCGCAUUUCGAAGACUGUGAAAGAGCGAACGGAAUGGAUAAGCGUAGGCGAAAAGGUGCGAGAAACUUCUGUUAUACUGGUCGAGAAAGAUGCAGCGAUUCUCUGCAAUCAGCGCCAUAAUUUAUGGUGCAAUUUUAUUUAUCAUUGCAAAUAUUUUUUGCAAUGAUAUCCUAUUCGUCUAUUCUCAAUAUAUCCAGAGAUCAUUCGUUUUAUCUUCUGGAACUGUGUUAAAAGAAUUCGUCCCUUAUUCUCAAUUCCCUCGAUAUGUAAUUUUUUAUUUUAUAACAAAACAUUUCUCUCUUUAUUUGAGAGUUUCUCAGUGUGUCGAAAGUAAUAUAUAGAUAUUCUUAGAUU